AAUCAAGCCGUUCCGCUCCGACCGCCAGGGUGCGCUGUGACGCGGCUCGGGGCCCGGCGGAGGCCGCUCUAGCCUCUCCCGGGGGAAGUCGCUGCCCUUACCUUCAGCAGGACCUCGCGCCUCUGGGUCCGCGCCCGCUGGCAUCUCCGCUCAGUCCUCCAGCUACCCACUGCCCGCCUGCCGCCCACCAUGGCCCUGCUGCACUCUGCCCGCGUCCUAUCCGGAGUCGCCGCGGCUUUCCACCCAGGCCUUGCUGCCGCGGCUUCUGCCAGAGCCAGCUCCUGGUGGGCUCAUGUGGAGAUGGGGCCCCCAGAUCCCAUCCUGGGAGUAACAGAAGCCUUUAAGAGAGAUACCAACAGCAAGAAGAUGAACCUGGGAGUUGGUGCCUACCGGGAUGAUAAUGGAAAGCCUUACGUGCUUCCAAGUGUCCGGAAGGCGGAGGCCCAGAUUGCUGCAAAAAAUUUGGAUAAAGAAUACCUGCCCAUUGCAGGGCUGGCUGAAUUUUGUAAGGCAUCUGCAGAACUAGCCCUGGGUGAAAACAAUGAAGUGUUGAAAAGUGGCCGGUAUGUCACCGUGCAGACCAUUUCUGGAACCGGGGCCUUACGGAUCGGAGCCAGUUUUCUGCAAAGAUUUUUUAAGUUCAGCCGGGAUGUCUUCCUGCCCAAACCAACCUGGGGGAAUCAUACACCCAUCUUCAGGGAUGCUGGCAUGCAGCUCCAGAGUUACCGGUACUAUGACCCCAAGACAUGCGGCUUUGACUUCACAGGCGCUAUUGAGGACAUUUCAAAAAUACCAGCGCAGAGUGUCAUUCUCCUGCACGCCUGUGCCCACAACCCCACGGGAGUGGACCCUCGUCCUGAGCAGUGGAGGGAGAUGGCGACAGUGGUGAAGAAAAACAAUCUGUUUGCAUUCUUUGACAUGGCCUACCAAGGUUUUGCCAGUGGCGAUGGUAACAAGGAUGCCUGGGCUGUGCGCCACUUCAUCGAACAGGGCAUUAAUGUUUGUCUCUGCCAGUCCUAUGCCAAGAACAUGGGCUUAUACGGUGAGCGUGUGGGAGCCUUCACUGUGGUCUGCAAAGAUGCCGAGGAAGCCAAAAGAGUUGAGUCCCAGUUGAAGAUCCUGAUCCGUCCCAUGUAUUCCAACCCCCCUAUCAAUGGGGCCCGGAUUGCCUCCACUAUUCUGACCAGCCCGGAUUUGCGGAAACAAUGGUUGCAAGAAGUAAAGGGCAUGGCCGACCGCAUCAUCAGCAUGCGGACUCAGCUGGUGUCCAACCUCAAGAAGGAGGGCUCCUCCCACAACUGGCAGCACAUCACUGACCAGAUCGGCAUGUUUUGUUACACAGGCCUAAAGCCUGAACAGGUGGAGCGGCUGACCAAGGAGUUCUCCAUCUACAUGACAAAGGACGGCCGCAUCUCUGUGGCGGGGGUCACCUCAGGCAACGUGGGCUACCUUGCUCACGCCAUUCACCAGGUCACCAAGUAAUUCCCCUGGUCAGUGGGAACAGAGACAACCUUCCUAUCUUCAGCCUCUGCUGUUAUGAGAUUCACAUGGAGGAAGAGGGAGGGUGGAUGGUGGUGAGCGGAUCAUUUUUUUCCAACCACAGUACUUUAAAACUCAGCGAUUGAAUGUGUUUCUCAGAAAAGAACGUGCAGUGAAAUAGGGCAGAGGCACCUGUGACUGGUGUCGGGAACUUUGUGGCUGUAAACCAAACUCACCGUCAUCCUUUAUUUCCAGUUUUUCCACCAGAGUUUACAUGUACGAGAAAGUCCAAAAAAAAAAAAACAAAACCCUGUCAAUCACACCAUUGCAAUAUUUCAGAAGCUUUAAGUGAAACACCUUUUGGUGUCACGGGUUUCUCCGUAGAACCAGCCUGAAAACCGCGCCUGUUAGAGGCUUUGUCAAAAUACGAAGUUCUAACAUUAGCAGUCAGCCUCACAUUUGUCCUCCCGUGACUGAGCAACUUGUCAACAAACUGUAUUAUGGAAAUCAUGUUUUCUUCUUUUUUUUUUGGAAAUCAUGUUUUACAGCGAGUCUGCUACCACUGUAGUGGGAGAAAAUAAAAGAUGCUCUUUCCCAACUUAUUUAAGAAAAAGAGAAAGAAGGCUCUCCUUUCUAGUACCUGCAGGAUUUUAAUGUUCCUCUUUUCUCCCUAAUCACUGCUGUUCCUUUCCUCGGGCACAGAGAUCUGUAACUAGCCCAGAUUUUCAUCCUGUCCUACUCCCAGAGUGACCAUCAGUCCCAUCCCAUAGGAUUUACUUAUUUGAAGAAUGAAGAACAUUAUUUACUGCUCAUCCCAAUACCCUUGCUUUUCUCGUAACUGCACUUUAUUUUGGCAUCCUCUUCAGUGAUGGUUUAUUUGGCAUCCUCUUCAGUGAUGGUUUAUUUGGCAUCCUCUUCAGUGAUGGUUUAUUUGGCAUCCUCUUCAGUGAUGGUUUAUUUGGCAUCCUCUGCAGUGCUGGUUUACUUGGCAUCCUCUUCAGUGAUGGUUUAUUUGGCAUCCUCUUCAGUGAUGGUUUAUUUGGCAUCCUCUUCAGUGAUGGUUUGCUUGGCCUCCUCUGCAGUGCUGGUUUGCUUGGCAUCCUCUGCAGUGCUGGUUUGCUUGGCAUCCUCUUCAGUGAUGGUUUACUUGCCAUCCUCUGCAGUGCUGGUUUGCUUGGCACCCUCUGCAGUGCUGGUUUGCUUGGCACCCUCUGCAGUGUGGGGAUGUCACCUCUGCCCAGCUGGCCCUCGUACCUCUGUGCGGUGUGGUCGUGCAGUCAGUCAUCUCAUCAGGAGUCAGGCAGAGCAGGGUAGAACCGGGAAAGAGGAUAUUCUGGGCUUCAGUUUUAACCUUUGUGUGCUGCCAGCUGGGCUCAGGCUUCACCCUCUGGAAAGAAAACCAUUUGCUCUAAUCAUGUAGACUUAUUGCAGCCUGAUUUCUCUGUUACAAUAAAGUUACUGUAGAUCCAA